UCAAAAUUGGCGACGAAAUCGAUCGGUAACGGCAUGAAUCAUGCUUGCGUCAUCGUUGAUCUGAGACGAAAAAGUCUGCUGACGAUAAUACGGAUAUUGUGGAAUUGUUGGCAAGCAUGGCUCGUCCCGUAAUAGAAUUGCAUCUUCUCUUCUCUAUAUUUCUCACGUUCUACUGGUUUCACCGAAAUAUACGCGUGCUAGGCUUGAUUUAUUCUUUUAAUUGCGGCACAGAUUCUGCCCUUUAAGUCCAAUGAGAUAAAGACACGUCAGCGUAAAACUGGCGCAUACUGUUUUUUUUUUAUCUGGGUUGCGAUGGGCUGAAAUCAACCUACAAAGGAAUUCAUUCAUUCAUUAAAUCAAUUUUGAGGAAGAUGUCAAUCUUUCUCCCGUUGCCUCUAAGAGCAGUUCAUAACCAUGGAAAAAUAAUGUACACUGAUAUUUAGUCAAAUCGAUAGUUCUUAAGUAUAAAUAUCUGUGAUGCUAGAAUAUGCUGGCAUUAUUCAGUAAGUUCAGUUAUCUUAAAGUGUUAUCAGUUUUAGAAAUAAAAUAAAAAAAUCGUAUCACAUAACAAUACCGGUACAUCUAUCGGAGAAAAGAACAAACUGCGGAGGACGAGGUCGAGGUUAAGUGUCAGAGGCCAAAACCCAAAACGGCACUAUGUGUUUCGUAGGUAAAAGGACAGAAAAAAGGACAGAAAAUCUUGCGCGUAUUGCAUAUAUAAGAAAGUUUCUCUCGACCUGCUUGUUCAAUCACGUUUCUUACCUACUCAGUGUUACGCGCUUACAAUAAAGUAUUUUGUUUCACAUCAGCCAAAAUGAUGAAUACAUGUAAAAAAAUAUUGAAGAAUGAGAAACUGUUGGUCUGCGCUAUUCUUGUGCAAUUGCUUCUCGGAUGUGCGUUUACUUUAUUGGUCGAAUACGGAAACGAAUCCAAUGGAGCUUUCCUGGGAAACAGUUUACAUGGAGUGUUUGUACAAGUGAGCGGACCAAAAUCCGGAAAAAAUUCGCUACCCAACAGCUAUUACAUGUUUCAGGAUGUUCACGUGAUGAUGUUCAUCGGGUUUGGAUACCUUCUAAUAUUGAUGAAAAGGUCCGAUCACAAGUCUUUAAUUUCAUAUUUUCUGGUCACGGCAAUCAGUCUUCAAUGGGGAACCCUCUGCUAUGGAUUUUUUCGCACCAUCAAUGGGAAAAUUCAUCUAAACAUUAAUACCUUAUUAAAUGCUGAUUUUGCCUGCGCCGCAGUUUUAAUUUCGUGUGCAGCGGUUGCGGAAUUGACGACACCGCUGCAAAUCUUCUUGAUGUCUCUGUUGGAAAUUAUCUUGUAUUCCACCAAUAACUGGAUCGGAUCUUUAGUGUUCCAGGCAUCAGAUGUCGGAUCGUCCAUGUUCGUCCACGUCUUUGGGGCGUACUUUGGUUUGGCUGUUAGUUUCGUUUUAUAUCGCGGCACAGCUUAUUGCGCUGAGAGACAGUCCAGCAAAGACGAAGCCAGCAGUGACUCAAUUGGCGAAACCCUUUCCACUGCUGUUGGCACUAUGUUUCUGUGGCUUUUGUGGCCUAGUUUCACCGGGUGUUUGGCAAAAGGUGAUGCCGAGCAAUUUCGAGCCAUCAUCAACACCUAUUAUUCACUAUCGGCCAGUUGCGUGACAGCGUUUGCCGUCUCGUCUCUCGUUUUCAACUGCUUCGUGUGCGCUGAAGAUAACAGACGACGCAGUUUUAACAUGGCAAAUAUCUUACUAGCCUACUCAAGUCGGAUGAAAUUUGGUUAGGAUAAUUGUAUGCCUAUAUACAGGU